AUGAAGCUGUUCUUCAUUGACAGCAAAGAACAGUUAUCAAGGCAGGCCCGCGAGCUUCAAGAGGCAGCGGCGCGCUCGCAUGCUGCGAAGUUUUCUCAUCAAUACUCAAAAAGGUGGAGCAAAGCAAAAUCAAGAUCACCGCCUGGUACUUUAGUUGAAGCGCAGCACACGCGCACUAAGCGCAUCGAGAUAUCCGACCAGAACAGCUCAAAAGAUGCGGGGAGCACACCACUUGUGCAGCAUUGCUUAGAUGAUGAUGACGCUGCUGCUGAGGAUGCUGAUGCUGAUGCUGAUGCGGUUUGGUCUGCCGCUGAGAUCAUGCUUAUGUUAUUGCCACAAAGCGUUCUGAUAAAGGGACAAUCAGAUCCGUUCGAUGUAUCGCCGGUUCGAAUCGAUUCGAAGGCCCACGAACUCAUCUUGUACUGGAGGGAUAACUAUCUCUUCCCGCGACAUCAUGUGAAUGCAAAGACAUGGGAUCAAAGUGCGAGCGCAGUUUCGGACUGGCAAGAUGCAAGACGGUCUCUAUCGGAUCAGGGUCUUGGGUACGCUCUGCUCGCACAAGUGAGCGCCUCGAUAGCCCUCGAGGCAGACUCGAAACAGCUUCGUGAAUCGACCAUUAUAUAUUCCCACCGAAGUACUGUUGCUCUUCGCAGGCGACUCGAGAACAAAGAAGACGAUUUGGACUCCCUGAGACUUUUGCGACACGUGGCCCUGCUGCAAGGCGUCGAAACAUAUGCUCGUAAUCGGGCGGCUGCAUUAACUCAUGGGAAAAUGCUCAAGCGCCUAUAUGACGCCUGGUUCCUUCGAGGGAAGAGCUUCGAUCUGAAAAUAUUGAUGUUGACCCUGUACGCGGACGUGCAUAUGGCCAUCACAUUUCUGGUUCGACCACACUUCAAGCCCUCAGAAAAACUAGUUAUGGCCUUCUACGAAGCCAGUGGUGCUGCAGCCAGAGAAGAGUGCAAUGUGCCCAUCAGUCUCACGCACCGCCUAAACAAUUCAAUUACAGAGACAAAGUUGGAGGCUAUAUUUCUCAUGUGGACCCAAACUCUUGCGAUCAGAUCUUUCUAUGGCCGAAGACUAUGGACUUUCCUGAAUCAACUCAAUGUGGUCAAUCACAUCUUAGAUGCUGAAGAGAUGACCAACCAUCCGCAUGACCCGAUGAAUGCAGCCUUCUUUCAUAUACAAGCCUACAUUUCGCUGGCAGCACUCUUCUUCAUCCGUUUAUCUACUCUGCCGGAACAUUUUGUCGCAAAAUCCCACUUCUCAGCUCAUGCAGCUCUUCUGGGCAGAUUGCGUCAUCAUCUUCAAAUCAGUGAUAGCUUGGAAGCCGGGCAUGUUUACUCGCAGGCAAGGCUAUGGGCGUUAUUCGCUGGCGCACAGUCUGAAUAUCAAGCGGCUCUAUUGAAUAAGCAACCCCGUGCUGUGGCAUCUAGAGGCUGGUUCAAUGUACAAUUGGCGAUGCAAUUACGAAGGUGUGACCUUCUGAACUGGGUCUGUGUCAAAGAAAUACUACAAGGCUUCAUGUACUUCAAGAUGGAGCCGGAUCCGUCCGAGUGGUAUCCUGAACUGUUAGUUGGAAUGGUCUGA